GCAAAGUAGCAACACCUCCAUUUUGUUGUAAUCGUUAGUCUCGGGAAGGUCAUCCUGUAAUCAAGUUGCCUGGUGACCGACUUGUUUCACACAGGACAAAAUGGUGUUUCUUGUGUUUAUCCCAAGUUUUUCUUACAAUACUUCAUGCCGCGUAGACAAAGUGCAUGUCUUGGACACACCGUCACUGUCUUUAGUUAACUUGCCUCCUCUAGGCACAGGCUAGCUUAGUUAUUGCCAGCAUCCAUCAUGUCAAAACAAGGUGAUGAUAUUAACUCUAAAAUUGCCGUUCUUCUGAUUGGCGUUGGGUCUGCAGCUCUUGUUAUCGCACUCUACCAUUGUAUUGCCAUGCGCCGGUUCAGGGCUACGACUACUCAGCAACGGCCACGACGAUAUGGGAUAGAAACCAUGGCAACGCAAAGCAGUAUUGAGAAUUCCACGGCCCAACUCAUCCCAGCCUAUAAGUUCCAAAAGGGUAUGGGCUUGGUGGGUGAUGAUGGAACUUGUGCAAUUUGCUUGAGUGAAUUUGAAGAAGGUGAGGAACUGCGAACUUUGCCAGAGUGUUUGCACUCUUACCAUGUCGAAUGCAUUGAUAUGUGGCUCCAUUCGCAUACCAAUUGUCCCAUGUGUCGCACCGAUACCACACCUUCUCCAGGGGUCUAUUUGAGUGCAAGAGAUUUGGAUUCUGAGAGGCCAUCAGUGGUGUAUCAAAAUAUAGAUAGGCUACAAGAUAUUAUUGUACAUUCACGGGCACUCUAAUAGCGUAUCAUGUCGUUGUUGUCUCUGUCCAGGAAUUUUAGCCUUGAGAGUGCAGUAUAAUAGUGCUCUAUGCACGUUGUUUGCAGGAAUGUUGUACAUUCGUGGGCGUGAGCAAAUGUGACUCUCCAACAUUUUCUUAA